UCCUUAAAGGCGCGCGAGCGGAGCCGAGAGGUGGCUCUGUGGCCGCAGGCGCAGGCCCGGGCGACAGCCGAGACGUGGGGCGCGCCGGCUCGCUGCAGCUCCGGGACUCAACAUGCGCUGCUCGCCGGGAGGCGUCUGGCUGGCGCUGGCCGCGUCGCUCCUGCACGUGUCCCUGCAAGGCGAGUUCCAGAGGAAGCUUUACAAGGAGCUGGUCAAGAACUACAACCCCUUGGAGAGGCCCGUGGCCAAUGACUCGCAGCCGCUCACCGUCUACUUCUCCCUGAGCCUCCUGCAGAUCAUGGACGUGGAUGAGAAGAACCAAGUUUUAACCACCAACAUUUGGCUGCAAAUGUCUUGGACAGAUCACUAUUUACAGUGGAAUGUAUCAGAAUAUCCAGGGGUGAAGACUGUUCGUUUCCCAGAUGGCCAGAUUUGGAAACCAGACAUUCUUCUCUAUAACAGUGCUGAUGAGCGCUUUGACGCCACAUUCCACACUAACGUGUUGGUGAAUUCUUCCGGGCAUUGCCAGUACCUGCCUCCAGGCAUAUUCAAGAGUUCCUGCUACAUCGAUGUACGCUGGUUUCCCUUUGAUGUGCAGCAUUGCAAACUGAAGUUUGGGUCCUGGUCUUACGGAGGCUGGUCCUUGGAUCUGCAGAUGCAGGAGGCAGAUAUCAGUGGCUAUAUCCCCAAUGGAGAAUGGGACCUAGUGGGAAUCCCCGGCAAGAGGAGUGAAAAGUUCUAUGAGUGCUGCAAAGAGCCCUACCCCGAUGUCACCUUCACAGUGACCAUGCGCCGCAGGACGCUCUACUAUGGCCUCAACCUGCUGAUCCCCUGUGUGCUCAUCUCCGCCCUCGCCCUGCUGGUGUUCCUGCUUCCUGCAGAUUCCGGGGAGAAGAUUUCCCUGGGGAUAACAGUCUUACUCUCUCUUACUGUCUUCAUGCUGCUCGUGGCUGAGAUCAUGCCCGCAACAUCCGAUUCGGUACCAUUGAUAGCCCAGUACUUCGCCAGCACCAUGAUCAUCGUGGGCCUCUCGGUGGUGGUGACGGUGAUCGUGCUGCAGUACCACCACCACGACCCCGACGGGGGCAAGAUGCCCAAGUGGACCAGAGUCAUCCUUCUGAACUGGUGCGCGUGGUUCCUGCGCAUGAAGAGGCCCGGGGAGGACAAGGUGCGCCCGGCCUGCCAGCACAAGCAGCGGCGCUGCAGCCUGGCCAGCGUGGAGAUGAGCGCCGUGGCGCCGCCGCCCACCAGCAACGGGAACCUGCUGUACAUCGGCUUCCGCGGCCUGGACGGCGUGCACUGCGCCCCGACCCCCGACUCCGGGGUGGUGUGUGGCCGCAUGGCCUGCUCCCCCACGCACGACGAGCACCUCCUGCACGGUGGGCAGCCCCCCGAAGGGGACCCGGACCUGGCCAAGAUCCUGGAGGAGGUCCGCUACAUCGCCAACCGCUUCCGCUGCCAGGACGAAAGCGAGGCGGUCUGCAGCGAGUGGAAGUUCGCCGCCUGCGUGGUGGACCGCCUGUGCCUCAUGGCCUUCUCCGUCUUCACCAUCAUCUGCACCAUCGGCAUCCUGAUGUCGGCUCCCAACUUCGUGGAGGCCGUGUCCAAAGACUUUGCGUAACCACGCCUGGUUCUGUACAUGUGGAAAACUCACAGAUGGGCAAGGCCUUUGGCUUGGCGAGAUUUGGGGGUGCUAAUCCAGGACAGCAUUAAACGCCACAACUCCAGUGUUCCCUUCUGGCUGUCAGUCGUGUUGCUUACGGUUUCUUUGUUACUUUAGGUAGUAGGAUCUCAGCACUUUGUUUCAUACUCUCAGACGGGCUGAUAGAUAUCCUUGGCACAUCCGUACUGUCGGUCAGCAGGGCCACUGAGAAGUCAUUUUGCCCAUUAGCCCACUGCCUGGAAAGCCCUUCGGAGAGCUCCCAGUGGCUCCUCACCGCCGGGACAGUUGGUUUUGCAUGUCUGCAUGAAGGUCUACCUGAAAAUUCAACAUUUGCUUUUUGCUUGUGUACAAACCCAGAUUGAAGCUAAAAUAAACCAGACUCACUAAAUCCAUUCCAAUAAUUGACUGGUGGAAGGAAAACAAAAAACUAAAACUAAAAACCUAUCUGUUAGCUUUUCUGCAAUUCAGCUUUUUAUUUUUUUCUAUCAAAGACGGUAGAGAGAAGCAGCUUGAUGCUGUUUCUACAUUAAAAAAACAGAAAACAAAAGACAGACUGUUGGUCUUACUAAGGAUGUUUUUACCAGCCUGCCUGACUUCUGCAAACCUACCCUGUCAAGGAGAUCAAAGGGACACAGGUUUCUGUUUAUUCUGAACAAGGGCCAGGCCCCACAGAGUGUCUUUGGUGGAUCCCAGAUAACUCCUAGGUGCUGCUCUCAGACAUUGAGGAGUUGAGCAAAUCUGUUCUAUUCUGCAGAACCCACAGGACAAAUAAGAGUUCUACUAGAAUUAACAGCCCAAAAGAAUAGCUAAAGCUAAGUGAAGCCACUUAUGCGGGCUUUAAAAAAAUAAUGUGUUAGCUGAUUCACAUGCACUGGAGUUAACUAGUCUUAGAAAUGUGUGCAUCCAUACAAAUGCACAACAUGAAGUGAACAUAUUGCUAGGCCCUUUCUGCAUGUGUCAGGGCCAGGAAGUAGGGGCUGGGAACUCUUCUGGUCCCCAGUAUGGCAGGCGCCAGGGAGGGGAUGGUGUGGCCCAUCCCUUCUCUGGAUACCUGGCCAGUGGCAGGCAGCAGGGAGGAGCUGGCCAACCCUCAGUGACUGACAAGCCAGCAAUUCUGGGUUCUGGCCUUUGGGAGUCUGCCGGCUCCAAGCCCGUCCACCCCAGCUGCAGCCCCAAAAGCUGGCUCAAAGUCCUUGGGUGGAUUCACUGGAGAUGGGCAACUUAAAACGAGAGAAACUUUAAUUUUUAAACCUAAGUGAUGAUACAGCUCUUCCCUUAGAUUAUCGCCCAGGCUGGAGUGCAGUGGCGCAAUCUCGGCUCACUGCAAGCUCCACCUCGUGGGUUCACACCAUUCUCCUGCCUCAGCCUCCCCCCAAGUAGCUGGGAAUACAGGCACCCGCCACCAUGCCCGGCUAAUUUUUUGUAUUUUUAGUAGAGAUAGGGUUUCAUCAUGUUAGCCAGGAUGGUCUCAUUCUUAUUCUUUAAUGAGAUCAGAGGGUAAUUCACUAAGAAGGACCACUCCUGUUCCAUUUUGUCAUCCAACAACUGCUCAGAGCUCAAAAUUGUAGAAGUCUUCUGAGCCCCUAGAGAUUUUUAAUUUGCUUCUAAUCCCUGAGAUGGGAACAUCAUGAGGGAAGAUUUGAUUUUCAGAGUUAAAUAAAUUGUAUGUGCUUUUCCAGCCAUCUGGCUUACUCAUUUCUGGGUAAUGCACAUGACUUUGUUUGCGCUGGAGGAAGAUGGAAGCUUGCGUGUGUUCGGUGUGUGUGUGUGUGUUUAAGUGUGAGGUACCUUGUGUGUGACAAGAGAAGAGACCUCACUUAUGAGAAAUUUGGUGGGUCAGGACAUUCCAGCCUCAGGCAGCUUGGAGCAGGAUCAUUCCUCAACAGGCACUCCUUCCACAUGCUAUGGAUGAACCAUGCACAAGAUUUUCAUUUUUUUUUCUGUUACAGUGUCUUUAGAAACAAGUAGAAGUGUUUUGAUAUAUAAAAGGAAUGCUUCAUUUCUUAUCAUUAUCCCGAAAUUGAUCCCUCCCACAUUUUUGCUUUAAAAAGAAACCUUUUUGGUUUUGUAUUUUAUACAGGAACACAUAAAAUGCAAACAGAAGUUGUGCAUAUUUUGGACUCUCAAAUAACUACUCUGUCCUUUAAUAAAGUAAAAAUAAGGAAUAGAUGUGCACAUAGUUAGAGAAGUCUGAGUGGUUAAAAACAACAGCCUCCCAUACUGCCUGUUUUCUCUCUCAGAGGGGACCACUAAUGAGCUUCUAAGGGCAUUUCUAGAAAGGAAGAAAAGAAGAUAAGAGGCCAAAGAAGGAGGGACGGGGGUUAUGGAGAGAGACGUUCCCUUUCCAGCACUAACGCUCUGUGAAGGGCGCUGCACCUUGCAUUCUUCACGUGGUGUUUUGUCUUAGAGGUCGUCCCAUAAUAACAUAUAAAGAUCUACCUCAUUCCCCCUCAUAGCUGCUUAGCAUUCCAUUGUCUCAGCGGACUAUCAUUUAUUUGAAUAGCCUUUUAUUGGUGAAUAUAUGGAUAUUUCCAGUUUUUAUAUACAAAUCUAUAAUUGGCAUACUUGUACAUACAUCUUGACAUAGUUUUGUGACUGAAACGGUAUAAAUUCCAACUUAGAAAUGGAAUUGCUGGGUUUAAGGUUACAUUUAAAAUUUUGAUAGCUAUUGCCAGAUUAUCUUUUAGAAACUGAUUGAAGGAUGAACUCCAUCAAGAGUACAAUAAAAGGCCCAAUUUCUCAGCUUUCUAUAAUAGCACUGGGUAUUUUCAAACUUAAUGUUUUUCCCAAUAUAAUUGGUGAAACAUAAUAUUUACAAAUAUUACUCUGAUUUUGGUUUGUGUAUAAAAUGGGACAUCUUUUAAAAUUUUUUUUGUAAUUUUAAUUUUGAUACAUUUAUAUAUUUUACCCAGUUCCUAACUGCAUUAUUUGGCUUUUUCUUAAUUAAUUUGCUCAUGCACUUUGGGACAUUUUUGUCUUACGUCUUUAAAAUAUUUUUAUCAUUUGUCUUUCGAUGUUACUUGUUGAUUUCCUUAUUUAUUGGCAUAGAGUUUAAAUUUUUAUGUUGUCAAUUUGUGAGUAUUUUUCUUUGUCGAUCGUGGGAUUUGUUUCCAGUUUUUAAAAGCCUUCCUCAUUCUGAGAUUACAAAUAAACUUGCUCGCAUUUUCUUCUGAAACUUUAUGGUUUUAUUGGUUUACCUGCACAUCUUCGGACUCUCUGGAAUUCAUUUGUUGCAGGACAUGAGGGAAAAAUCCAUACUUUUUCCUUGAAAUGGUGGGCAGUGGUAUCAAUAAAUAUGUAAUAAUGCAUUUCGAAAAUACAGUCGCAGUGUUUUCCCCAGUUGUUCAAAAUGCAGCCUUAUUUGUAAACUAAAUUUCUUUAAGUGUUUGGUUCUAUUUCUGUUCUAUUUAUCUCUCUAUGAAUGCCUUUAAUUUCUAAAGCAUUAUUCCUACUAAUAUCAGUAUUUUCAAGUCAACACUCCCUUCAACUCUGAAUCUCUCUCAUAUGAAUCUUUUUUCAAUUAGAGUCACAAUGAAUUUACAGAUUGAGUCUUCCUAUUCAAAAGCAUGAAAUCUUGUGUUUAAUUUUAUGUAACUUAGUGUUUUAUGAUUUUGUUCACUAAGGUGCUUUGAAUUUAUAGUUGUUUAUUUCUAGAUGUUUUAUCAUUUGGCUAUCAUUUUCAAUGGAAUGAUUUAUUCCACUUCAUUUUCUAUUUUAUCCCAUUGUAUAAGAAAGUAGUUGGUUUUUAUGUAUGAAUGUUAUAAUCAGCCACAAAUUGUGAUUCCUACUUGUUUCUAAGAUUUACUUUUGACUUCUUUCCAAUGUGUCUCUUAUUUCUUUCUUGUAUCUAGUUGAUUUGAGAUCAGUGUUGAGUCACAGUGAUUCAGGUGGCAUGCUUAUCUUGUUCGUGACAUCAGUGGGACGUUUUAAUGUCUCAACGUUUAACUUGUAUGAAGACAUGUAUUUUCCUUGCCAUAAUAAAAAAGUAUCUGUGUGUUCUCAAACUAUGAAGACUCUCUGGGGAAAAUGUAGAUGUUAGAUUUCUGUCAAAGUCUUCUCAGUGUCCAGAGGGAUUAUCAGAAGGUCUUUUCCUUUGCUCUAGUAGUAUGUUUAACUAUAUUAAUAGAAUACUUAAGACUAAAUCAUUAGUGUAUUCCUGAGAUGUUCUUUACUUAUCAGUAUCAUGACUUUGGUUAUCAAUAUUUAUAAUUAAGAUUCAUCAUUCUACAGCUUCCUUUUAUGUGUUUUUUGUCCAGAUUUGAUUUAACUUUAUGCUGACUUAAAGAAAUACUAUAAAACAAAAACCUCUAUAUUCUACAACCAUCUAUUGGUUUUGAAUUAUUUUCUGCUUAAGUGUAGAAGAACUAGCUGGGGCUGUCUGGGCCUGCUGUGGUAUAUUUCUGGAUUUUGCUCAUCAGGCAGGUUAGGUCCUCGAGCCCUUCUAGAGUCCAUUUUAAUGACAUUUUUAAAAAUAAAAUUAAUUCCAUCCACUUUUCAACAUA